UAAUUAGAAUGCACAUAAAAAACCUCAGCCUUUCAAUCCACAAAAAUCUUCCGUGCUUGAAUUUUAUACUACAGGCUACAGCUGACCGCAGAAAUUCCAAAGACUGGGGUCACCGACUCUUGAUUUGGGCCACAAGAAACCGUGUGGGUGGAUUAAAGCUUCGCAGACUCGCAGGUUAGAGAUUUGAGAGAUUCUCAGUCUUGUAUUCUGUUUUUUGGAGCUUUCUUAAUUUCUUGAAUUUGUUGCUGCCCAGAAAAUUCGAAAAAGAAAGGAAAGAGAACAGGAUUCUUUCGUGUUUGUGAAUUGGAAUCAUCUGGUUAUAUCAAUGUCUGCAUAGGAGUUUGGUGUAAAUUAAUUUCUGGAAAAGAUGGAGAAUUCUCAUGAAUCUCACUGCAAUGGGAAUCUGGUUGAUCCAAGAUUACAGAAUAAAAGGCAUUCUUCGUAUCAAUCUGGUGGCAAGUUUUCAUUACCUUGGUUUGACAUAAAAGUGUUCUAUGUCAGAAUAAGCAAUUUCAAGGUGGACGAGUCAACCCCCGAAUCUCUUAUUCUUAAUCACAUCCCCCUCAGUCCCGAAACCCUCCUUGAAGUGAAUGGUGUAAGAUGUUCGAUUGACUCAGAAGGAGUUUCUUGUUUACUUCGAAGGGAUCGGAUGUGUAAGAAAUCCGAAGAGGUUACAUUUGUGAGCACAGAUAUUAUAAGAUUUACGGGGAGUAUAAAGUUUGAAGCUCUUGAUGGAGAGGAUCUUGUGCUCGUUGGAGUUCUAGAACGGCCUAAUGCUAAUGGUUUGAUAGGGGAUUCAGACAACACAACACAUAGGUGGAGCAUGGACUGUGAAUUGGUAAUGGGUCCUGGCCCAGGAUUUCUGAAGGGCAAACAGAUUAGAAGUGCUGAAUUGUUCUCACCUACUAUAGAAGUUUGUGUUGCAGGAAGCUUUUCGCGAACACCAGUCAUGUUAACCAAGACUCUGCAGCUUAAACAUCAGAAACAGCAUAGAAAGGGAACGUUGGGUUUGGCUUCAAUACCUGAGUAUGAAACCACCGAAUCCAAUAAAGAUGGUGCAUCUGGACUUGAUUUACAGGUUGCAGAAUACAGAAAUUAUAAACCAGAAAGUGAUGAAGUCUAUGAUAACUUGUACUGGAGUGAAGAUGGGGAGCUUAACUGGUUCAACGCAGGCGUCAGGGUUGGUGUUGGAAUAGGCCUUGGCAUUUGCCUAGGAGUUGGAAUUGGAGCUGGUUUGCUGGUUCGUACUUACCAGACUGGCACUCGAAGCUUUAAAAGACGGUUUUGGUAGUAGUUUCUUAUCAUGUUAUCUUGCUUCAACUUGAGCCAAAUCUAAUGUAUAUUAGGCUGUGUUAAGUGCAAAUUACUUGGCAGAAACCAUUUUUUUCUCUCUUUUUGUGAGAAAGGGUAAAAGGAAAAAGGAAAAAAAAAAAGUGUGUGCAGUGAACGAUACGGAGUUUUGAAUUUUUUAUUUUCUUUUGCAUAUUUUUGAAUUUUUCUCAGUUUAUUGUUGAAAAUGAGUGAGUAAAUAGAUAUAUUUGUAUACUUUGAUGCGAAAAUCUGGUCCUAAAUGUAGCAAAGUUUGUUUUGAC